AGAGUUCCGGAAGCAUCUGCAUAAAAGGAAAAUACGUUCAAAACUGACAUAGGUGUUGCUGGUCUUGAACUAUUUUCAAUAUUCCACCAGUUCACUUGACAUAUAUUUAUGUUUACGUUAACUUACAAAUAACUAAUGCAACGUGUUAUAAUAACCAACUACGCUAUGUUAAUUACUUUAUGUUGACUAUGUAGCCAAUGGUAUCUUCUUAGAAAGCCAAUGCAGAACAUUUUCACAGAUUGCACUGCAGAAAACUGGCGUAAUGCCUUUCUAAACAUAGUAUUUAUCUCAAGAUGUUCCAGACUGUGCUUAUUGGCGCGCAGCGUCCUCUCGCAGCAAGUGCUUUACGCACCUGACGGGUGGGACAGUGUUACGAGAGACGAGACCAACUUUUGUAACAGGCUUGCACGCACUGUUCUUCAGAGUAUUCGCGUUCUGCAGCGAACUCGUUGAUAAACAAUGAUUUCCACCUCAGCGAUCGUUAGAGGGUCUCGAGUACUUCGCGGCACCAGAUCCUUACAUACGACACUCGCGGCUAAUCUUCCUAUCAAGGUUGGAGAACGACUUCCUGCUGUGGAGUUGCAGGAAGGAGAGCCGGGAAAGAAGGUGUCCCUGGAUCAGCUCUUCAAAGGGAAGAAGGGAGUGCUUUUUGCAGUCCCCGGAGCUUUCACCCCUGGGUGUUCCAAGACCCACCUCCCGGGGUUUGUGCAGGAGGCCGCACAGCUCCGGAGCAGGGGCAUACAGGAGGUGGCCUGCGUCUCCGUCAAUGACGCCUUCGUCAUGUCUGCCUGGGGCAAGGAGCACGGCACAGAGGGCAAGGUGCGGAUGCUGGCUGACCCCACAGGCUCCUUCACAAAGGCUGUGGAUCUGUUACUGGACAAUGAUCAAAUAGUGCAAGUGUUGGGCAACAAGAGAUCCAAGAGAUACGCAAUGCUAGUAGAGGAUGGGGUAGUGAAGAAGUUAAACGUGGAACCGGAUGGGACUGGACUGUCUUGCAGCUUGGCCUCCAACAUCCUCUCUGACCUGGUUUAGAGGUUGUCAACCCCCCACUCAUACCGACAGCAGCAAUACCAUAGAUGUAACCGCAACACAAUAAUAACGGCCAACCCUGGUUCUGUAAAACCACCCGUCUUUGCAGGUGGCUUUACAUAAGAGGUUUAAUUGAGGCAUUUAAACUGUUCCACUCUGCUCUCUGCAGUGAAAAGAUGCAGCAUGAUGAGAUGCCAUUUUGAAUGUCAGUUGUAAGACAAUUGCUCAGAUUGUGUAGCCUCCAAAUAAGGUGGUCACUACUGCAUCAUACUGUAUCAUCUCCAAAAAGGCUAAUGAAUAUCUAUUGACUGACGGAGUUUAAAUAUAAUUUCUUAACCCCAAUUUAGAUAUCAGGGUUUCUUAAUGCUGGGGUUGGCCUGGCCCAAAGUAUCCAGAGUAGAAUAUACAGAUAAUGUAGAACUGCUCAGAAUGUCUGUACAGCAUAACAAACGCACAACACUGGCUCUGUUGCACCACGUCAUACUUAAUACAUGAAUACUCUAUGAAAUGCUAAUAAACCGUUAAAGCAA